CACCACGUGGCAAUGUUUUCCCGCCACCGGCUCGUUUCGGCAAUCCACCGUUCGAGAACAGUGCCGUCAUGGGAAACUGGGUAGCACGUCCGAUGAACGAUUCGAUGCAACCACCGAUUCCACCACCAUCCGGCAUGCCACCCCCGCCACCACAGCGAAGUCGACUGCAAAAUGUUUGGGGUGCAGCACCUGCUCCACCAACCAUGAACAACUCGGCCGUCAAUGGCAUGUUCAUGCCACCACCACCGGAUGUUGAUUUCAAUAUUCACAAUGGAAUGAAUCAGUGGAAUCAACCAGCACGCACCAAUGCGGGAGGAGCAGUGGUGCCCGUUGUACCAAAGCCAGCAUUCACGCCCAGUUUUGUGAAUCGUUCACCGCCACCCGGAUCAUCGUUCAAUUCGUACCCACCGAUUUCACAGACCGAUUCGUUUAUGGGUGAAAACGCGGUCUGGCAAGAUCCGGAAGGUGAAAAGAAAUUAAACGAUGGUUGGUACCAGCUGGGAAAGAAUUUGAAACAGCAGAAGGUGAAGGUGAUGGCCGGAUGGGAUAAUCGUGCAUCGUUAGGAUCAACGAAAACAUCAACAACCAUUCCGACAAUUUGGGAUUUGAUUUCGGAUCAACAGCGCUCAGCGCUUGAGCUUAGUUGGACGCAGACACCGGAUUCCAUAAAUGCCGGAGUAAUGCCAGCGCCUACACAGCAAAUUGUUGGGCAACUACGUCAAGCAGUUACCAAAGAUAUCUGUUCCAUUCUGAUCGAAGAGCCUCAAUUCUAAAU